UGCUGCGGCGACAAUUUGGAAUUGCAAUGAAAUUUAUUGACAUCGGGGCCAACCUGACAGAUCCCAUGUUCCGGGGCUGCUACGGCGGCUCUCAAAAGCAUCAGGCCGACCUGGACAUUGUUUUGAAACGUGCGUGGCAACAGGGUCUGCAGAAGAUCAUCAUUACCGCCGGCUGCUUGAAGGAUGUGGACGAGGCGCUGGAACUGGCCUCCAAGGAUGAUCGUCUCUACACCACCGUGGGCACACAUCCCACGCGCUGCGAGGAAUUCGUACCGGAUCCGGAGGGCUACUACGACCAGCUGCGAUCCAAGAUUAAGGCAAAUCGUGCCAAGGUGCUGGCCAUCGGAGAAUGUGGUCUGGACUACGACCGCCUGCAGUUCUGCGGCCAGGAGACACAGCGCCUAUACUUCGAGAAGCAGCUAGAUUUGGCAGCCGAGUUCCGAUUGCCCCUCUUCCUGCACAUGCGAAAUGCGGCCGAGGAUUUCAUGGCCAUCCUGGAGAGAAAUCAGGAAAAGAUCAGGCAGUGCGGCGGUGGAGUGGUGCACAGUUUCACGGGCACUCUCGAGGAGGCGCAGCGCAUCCUGGCCUUUGGAGGACUCUACAUAGGCGUGAACGGCUGCUCCUUGAAGACCGAGGAAAACGCGGAAGUGGUGCGCCAGCUGCCCAACGAGAGGAUAAUGCUGGAAACCGAUUGUCCAUGGUGUGGCAUUCGUCCCUCGCACGCAGGACACAAGCAUGUGACCACAAAGUUCGCCACCGUCAAGAAGAAGGAGAAGUGGACAGCCGAUUCUCUGAUAGACGGACGCUGUGAGCCCUGUCAGAUUAGCCAAGUUUUGGAGGCCAUAGCCGGAAUCAAACAGGAACCCAAGGAAAAACUGGCGGAGAUUUACUACCAAAACACCUUACACUUGUUCUUCAGCAAAGCGAAGAAUGAUGAAUAAAACCAUUUGCAUUUACAUUCAAUGCGUUUACAUUUAUUUUAUUAUUGUUUCUCGUGUCUAAAUGCAAAUGAAUUCAAAAAUA